AUGAACUUGGCUGCAUCCAGUCACCUCUCAUUGAUCCUUCUGCUUGUUGCAAACCUAGCAGGUGUGUAUGGGAAUAGAAUCAUUGGGGGUGGAGAGGUAGCCCCCAACUCCAUCAAGUAUCAAGCUUCUAUCAUGUUCCUAACGUACCCCUUCUGUGGCGGCACCCUCAUCCACAAGCAGUGGGUGGUGACUGCUGCCCACUGCUGGAGACCGAAACACCUGAUCAAAGUUGUCCUGGGUGAGCACACCCUCCACAAGAAUGAAGGUCCUGAGCAGUGGUUCAAUGUCAUCUUCAUCAUCAAGCACAGUCGCUACAACAGCUGGACGUUUGACAGAGAUAUCAUGCUGCUUAAGUUGGAUCGUCCAGCUAUCAUCAACGCCAAUGUCGAGCCAGCCACUCUGCCAGACCCAAACUCACCACCAUUGGCCAACCUUGCCCCGUGCACAGUCAGCGGCUGGGGUGUGACCUGGGUCAAUGCCAAUCGUCUGUCACCUGUGCUGAGAUCUGUAGAUGUGCAAAUCUUUGACAGGUGCUCAAGAUACUACUACUUCAGGUUGACAGAGAACAUGAUCUGUGCUGGCUCUCGCUUUGGAGGGAAAGACUCAUGUCAGGGUGACUCAGGAGGACCUCUUAUCUGUCACGGUAAACUUGAGGGAAUUGUAUCUUGGGGAUUCGGCUGUGCCAAUGCUAACUAUCCUGGUGUUUACACCAAGGUCAGACAAUUCGUCGACUGGAUGGAACUGUUAAUAAAUAACAGGCGGUGAGACUUAUAAUAACAUGCUGAUGAAGACUUGAACGGAUCCUAAUGGACUAAGAGGGUUUUUUUUGUUUUUUUUGUUAUUGUGAAUAUUUUGUACUUUUAUUUAAACAUUAAUAUUUUUGUGUUAAUGAUCUGUAGCACAAAUACCAUGAGUGUGAACUCUCUCACACGCACAGUUUAAAAUACACCAUGAAGUCAAUUUUUUACUCAUGCAUGUGUUUGUAAAACCACAGAUUUGGGGAUCAUUUCAGGGAUCAUUUUGGUUUU